AUGCGUUUCUUAAACAUAAUCGUAAUUUUACUAGCAGUUAUGGUCGAAACAGCGUUUUCAGCACCGAAGCAGCAGUCUCAGUUAAUUCGAGCGAAACGUCAGUGGGGUCGACCACCCUAUGGCGGCGGAUUUCGACCGCCCUACGGCGGCGGAUUUCGACCACCUUACGGACACCGGCCGUAUCCCUACGAAAAUUGUGCAAAAUAUCAUGAAGCACUUGCCAGAGAAUUUCUCGCUCUACAAAAUAACAGUGCUGCAUUUUUAACUUUUUUUUUACUGGCUCCUGUUUUCCUUAGCCUCCACAACGGUUUACCGCCUCAUAGUGACGUGGAGGUGACACCGGGCUUCGAACUGCGAUUUACAGCAGAGGAAGUCUUUGAUUCUGGAUCGCCCUCUGCACCAAAACCCAUCAGCAUCAUCAACUGCUACUCACCAACACCAGCAGCUGAUGAAUCCGAAUUGGACGCGUUUUACGAGGAGCUGGAGGAAGUAGUCCGCAACGAGAAGUCCUUCUACAAAUUCGUUGUCGGAGACUUCAACGCAAAACUAGAAAAGGCCACAGAAGAGGAAUACAGGACUGGAAGAUUUGCACUAAGGGACCGGAAUGAAAAUGGCAAUCGUCUCGCCGGGUUGUUGUCCGCCGCUCGCCUCUUUCAUGGGAACUCUCUUUUCAUGAAAAAAGAUCAUCGUUGGUGGACAUGGGAAUCGCCCAAUGGCGCGACUCGUGCGGAGAUCGACCACAUACUCACCAACCGGAAGUGGUGUCUACUUGACGUCUCAGUAGUACCAUCCUUUUGUAGUGGUUCUGAUCACCGUCUCCUUCGUGCGAAAAUACGACUUAGCCACACGAUGGAAAAGAACAUCUGCUAUCGGCAACGGAGGAGAAAAGAAGCCGUCUACGACGAUUGUGUACUCGAGGACUCGUUGUCUCAAGGUGACUAG